AUGAGUCACUUGGGUAUUAUCCCCAGUAGCAGCAUGAGGAACCCGACCUACUACUUCAUCACGAAGAGUAGAUUCGACCGCAACAUGGACAAUCUCCACAACUCCAUUAGCUCUAGAUUGGAUUGCUUGCUCACAACGAGCGGCAGCCGACUUUGCAGAUCGUUCACAACGUUAACUCGUGAGAAAUAUUCUCUCUUCCAAGAGGUGGAAUAUUCGAAGUCGGGCUCUAAUCUUCAAGCACUCAGCCAAAUUCUCGAGCUAAAACUCGAGAACAUCUUCAAGAUCGAGCUAGAUUCUCAAUAG